CUGAUCAUAUGGAUUGAAAUUACUACACUAGCUUGUCAAUUAUCAUUUCGAAUGGUUGAAUUACGAAAAAUGAUUCCAUUUUCUAAUGUUUUGAUCCCAACCAAUCUGUCGAAUACAUUUUCAUAUUGUCAAACCGAUAGUAAUUUAUCAGAUGUUAAUUUCGAACCAUUAUUAGAGUUACAAGAAAUUAAAAACGAUAGUUUGCUAACAAUGAUUGAGUCUGGUGGCCGAUAUAAACCACGCGGAUGUCAUGCAUUACAAAAUGUGGCCAUUGUUGUACCAUAUCGAAAUCGCAGUGAUCAAUUACAAAUUUUUGUUCACAAUAUUCAUAAAUUUCUUACUGGUCAAAAUCAAGUUCAAUAUCAAUUGUUUAUCGUUGAACAACGCGAUCGUAAGCAAUUUAAUCGUGCAAAAUUACUCAACGUCGGUUUCAAUGAAGCCAUCCGUUUUAAUAGUUUCGAUUGUUUCAUAUUCCAUGAUGUGGAGCUAUUACCAUUGGAUCUACGUAAUCUAUACUUGUGUUCUGAUCAGCCGCGACACAUGUCAUCAAAUAUUGUUCGAUUCGCUUAUUUCUAUGAAGAACUAUUCGGUGGUGCCUGUGCGAUCGAAACAUCAAUCGUAUAUGAUGUGAACGGAUUUUCUAAUCAAUUCUUUGGAUGGGGUGGCGAAGAUGAUGAAAUGCGAUCUCGAUUAGUACGUAAAGGAUAUCGAAUACAGCGUUUUCCAUCGGAAAUUGCCCGCUAUAUAAAACUUCCACAUCCUAAAGAUAAUUACAAUGAUCCGAAUCCAAAUAGAUUUCGUUUAAUUAAAGAAAGUGCUCAAACAUCAGUCAACGACGGCCUGAUUAAUCUUGAUUAUAUUCUACGUCCAAUAGUCGAACAUUCGCUUUAUGUCGUUAUACCUGUCGAAUUCUGAACAUGUGUAUAUUUAAAUUAAAUAAAUGAAUAAAU